AUGAAUCGACUCAUACUCGUGUGCGUAGCACUGGCUACACUGAGCAGCGCUCUAAUCCGCUUCCAAUGCUCGCAGCUUGUGGUCCAGAGGCUUGACCCUCUCGUGAACCCAGGAAUGACACCUUCAACUCACGUGCAUCAGAUCGUUGGCGGAAAUUCCUUCAACGCCACGAUGGACCCCAAGAAGGACAUGCCCAAAGAAUCGACCUGCACGACGUGCUCCUUCAGCGAGGACUUUUCCAACUACUGGACGGCGGUGCUGUACUUCCGGGCGCGCAACGGGACGUUCAAACGCGUGCCGCAGAGCUCGCAGAUCACGGGAGCGAAGGCGGGCAUCACCGUGUACUACAUGCAGGACGCGCUGUACGACACGGCGCAGAAGUCCAAGGUCAAGGCGUUCCAGCCCGGAUUCCGCAUGUUCGUGGGCGACGUCAACGCUCGGACGCGCGACGAGGUCACGCGUUUCCGCCAGCUGACGUACACGUGCAUGGACAACGCCGGCACGCGGGCCCCCGAGACGCUGGCCUUCCCAACUCGCCCGUGCCCGGCCGGCAUCAUGGUCAACGCGCGCUUCCCGACCUGCUGGGACGGCGUCAACCUCGACUCGCCUGACCACAUGGCCCACAUGGCGUACCCGGCCAACGGCACCUUCGAGAGCGGCGGGCCGUGCCCGGCGACGCACCCCGUGCGCACGGCGCAGGUGCUGUUCGAGGUCGUCUGGGACACGCGGCAGUUCAACAAUAAGGCCGACUGGCCGACCGAUGGCACCCAACCGUUCGUGUGGUCGUUUGGUGACGCCACAGGGUAUGCAAACCAUGCGGACUAUGUCUUUGGCUGGAAAGGCGAUGCGCUGCAGAAGAUCCUCGACACGCCGUGUGUCGUCAAUUGCGCUGGGGCCAAGACCCAGUCCACAGCCGCCAUGAACGCCUGUACGCAGAAGGCGGUGGUGAACGAGAAUGUUGAUGGCUGGCUCAAGGAACUACCCGGCGGACACGAAGUUCAAUACGGCCGAAAGGGGGAUUAG